GUGGGUGAGUGCGUUGCGUGUUGUGUGUGUGUUUCUCAUCGGUUCGGUCGUCCGUCGUCGCAGAGGAAAAUAAUUUCGCUGCGAAAUUUGUUCAACCCGUUUCAUUGGUUUUUCGAUUGAUUGCGUUCGGAUAUUCUGAAUAUUGUUCGGUUUGUGUUCCAGUAAACAGCGUAAUUUAUCCAGGAAUUGAAUCAUUGAAUCUGUGCACUUUUGAGAGAUCAGUGUCGAGCUCCGGAAAUGGAUCACCAAAGUGGAAGUGGUGGCUGGCAGAAUGUAGCGGAAACAUCUAUCACACCGCUGAGAACUCCCAAAGUUCCAGACCUGAAGCCCGGCCUAUCGGUCAACGCACCGGAGUUUGUCCCGAAAAAAGUAGCAUCUCCACAACAGCAGCAGCAGCAGCACCAACAGACACAACAGUUUGGCAACAGUAGCCAACACCACCACCCCCACCAGUCCAAUCGCUACCGAGGGGACAAUAACGGAAUCGGUGGCGGAGGCGGUGGGGGUGGUGGGACGUUCAACAUGGUUGCUUCCCACCACCUGCCUCUGGACGCUACCGGUAACGGUUCCAUACCCAACGGAAUCGACCUGGGCAUGGCCAAGCCGGGUAUCAACGAUCGGUUAAAACAGCAUAAAUCGAGCCCCCAGCAGCCGCAGAUGGGAGGACACAGCAACUAUAGUGAUAAUAAAGAUCUACGAAACUCGCACUAUAACCACCAUCAGCAGCAUCAGAACCAACCAAGAUCUUACAGGGAUCUAGGUCUGCAACAACACCAUCUCCACCAGCAGCAGCAACAGCAGCCGCAUCAUCCGAUGCAUCAAAACGUCGGUGGUCCGGGCUUUCAGUUCUUCGGUUGCUCGUCAACGGCGCUCAACAAUCAGCUGCACCAUCCGAUGCUCGGAGGAAUGGCGGCAGCAGUGGCCCAACAGUCCGGUGGCGUAGGCAUGAUGCCACAGCAUGACAAUAGAAGCAAGAACAAUUCUGGUAACCUGAAGUCGCGGUUAAGCAAUGCGCAGAAUCCUCACAUGCCGUCACAUCACCACCAGUCGCAGCAUCACCACCACCAGCAACAUCAUCAUCAACAGCAGCAUCACCUCAAUCAUCAUCAGCAGCAGCAACAGCAUCAUCACGGGAUGCCCGGAGGAAGCAAUGAUUUCGGAGCUGACGCCGAUUCCGAUCAGAUUUCGGAAAACGAAACAUUCGCGCUGGACUACCUUACCGAGGUGAUUGCCGAGCUGUAUGACAAUCCCGGCAUGUUCGAUAGCAUCCAACGAAAGCUCAAGGGUACCUUUGCCGAAUUCCGGAACAAUCACUUCGUGUUGAGCAACGCGGUGGAAAUUAUCUUUGAACAUUCAAUCAAGGAGCAGAACUUCCGCUACAUGGGGGCCCGCCUGUGCAAACUGCUGGAUAGUUUGGACGAGAACUCGACCGGUGUGCUGUGGCAGCUGCUGAGCAUGAAGAUGUCCCACCAACAGUCGGAGCUACUCGGCUUCAUGACCAACGAGCAGAUCAAGGUGCGCGGGACGACCCUCUUCCUGGCCGAGCUGUACAUGCAGCUGAGGAAACCGAAUGAUUUGAAUAGGAAUGCCGAAAUAGCAAUGCGAAUCAUCGAAGCUGCCAAAGUCCUUCUGAGUAAAGAAGGUCCCGAAAACAUCAAAUGCGUCUGCCAAUGCCUAAAGCUCUGUGGUUACGAGUUGGAACGAGAUCGUCGUGACGAGUUGAUGGACAUCCUCCACACGUUAGAGAAACUCGAAGGCUCGACCGAUAACUCCACUGGACGCUUCAUUCGCUCAGUGCUAGAUCUGCAGCAAAAGUCCUGGGGCCGCAAUGAGGAAGUCGUACCCGUCAUUCAGCCGCAAAUGAGUGAGUCUGUUUCGGCAGCAGGCGAGUUCCACGACAGUCCCGUGUUCUACGGUCCCGACGGCCAAGUCAUGACCCAGGAGGAAAACGAUUUCUUAGAAACUCAAGCCCCCAUCACCUUCGAGGAGUAUGAUGACGAGGAAGGUGACCCCGACGACCUGGUGGACGACGAAAACAUGGACCUGGAAAUCAAGCUGGCAUUCAAGGAGUUUGUGACCGGUAACAACAACCGACAAAACUACUAGCCCGCUGUUCCGUCGCCAUUGACUGCCGCGCCGGUCUUUCCGGCUGUUAGCGACAUGGUCAACCCCGUGUGAUAAAGGAGCGAAAGUAGUAGCAACUAGCAGCCGCAAAAAAAAACAUUCAGAUUCAGUGAAGAUUAUCCUAUUUUUAUCAAUACUUAAUUUUAAGCUAAAUUGUAACGAAGUAAGCGAAUGAUGCAGAACCAUAGCGAGAGUGCCGCCCUGAGGAAGUGAUGGAAGCUUGGAAGUGCUGCCAACCAACCGGCCGAGUCAGUGAGAACAGUAAUUGUACAUGAACAGUGAACGAAGCAGAGCACAAUAUUUUACACCUAAUCCCGAAAAUUGGCUGUGGAAGCAUGACGCCGUACCGGAGAGUCCUACUUAACAAAAAAAAGUGCAAAAUAGCCUACUGUGGUAGGUUACACCAUAAACCCAAUCACGAAUCAUCUGUGACAGAGACAGAAAGUUAAAAGCAGGCAACUUCCAUAUCCAAUGAUCUUCAGUAAGUAAAGUCUAGUUUUCCCCCACGUCUUUUUUAUUUUUCGGGGAGAGUCAAUGUGAUUUUUGUCAGCCUAAUAGGCCUCAAUUGUGAGCAUAAAGUAAUACAAUAAAAUGAAUACGAAAACAUUGUCACACAGUAGAACGACUCUAUCAAUCUCCUGGCUGGUGAUGUUUUGUUUAACAUUGACUUAUUUCGCAUACCCUACCCAAAAAGCGCAGGAAGCUUCUAUCUGUUCUGAUUAUAGUAUUUCAAACAAUAUUCGAAUUGUUCUAAAUUCAAAAGCCAACUUUGCAUGCUAGGAAAGAUAUACAAAAAAAUGUAGUAAAUAAAAUAAAUACCGCCAUUUGUUGAGCAAAAGAUUUCAUGUGAUGUAGAUCACCAAAAGACAUCCACACGCAUGACAGAAAUAAUUGUUGUAUUCCUUAUUUUAUGCACUGAAAAAAAAAACAAUAACAUAUUUAGGGACAGAUAGAGAGCCGAGAGCAAAGUAUACCUACUAGGUGAGAAACGACUCAAAACCAAUUUUAGUGGCAGAGCAAUGGCUCCGAAAGAGAGAGUUGAGCUAAAACUGCGGUGUGAAAUCAAACAGAGAGAGACUACAGAUUCAAACGAUGUUGCAAUGUUCACAGUGAUGAAAAUACACAGAAAAAUAAGAAAUAAAAUGUUUAUCAAUAAUGCAA